AUGUCAUUCAACACAGAGUAUGAUAUCAUCUGUGUAGGUGCAGGUGUCGUCGGAUGUGCUGCUGCCAAAGUAUUUGGUGACAGUGGGCGUAAAGUACUAGUCUUAGAACGAGACCUUAACGAGCCCGAUCGAAUUGUGGGCGAGCUUAUGCAACCUGGAGGUGUACAUGCCUUGGAAGAACUUGGAAUGGAAGAUUGUCUCGAGGAUAUUGAUGGAAUUCCUUGCUAUGGUUAUAGCGUUUUUCGAGAAGGGAAGAUGGUUACCAUUCCAUAUCCGAUCAAUGAAAACACCGGAAAACAAGAAGUAGGAAGAUCAUUUCAUCACGGUCGGUUUAUCCAGAAAUUACGAAUGUCGGCUACAAACACCAAAAAUGUGACUAUCAAGCAAAUGACAGUUAGUCAACUUUUGACCGAUGAUACCAGCGACAGAAUCAUUGGUGUUCUUGCCUCUGAUAAAGAAGGGAAGGAGAAAAGGUUUACUGCCCCUCUCACAAUUGUAGCAGAUGGCAUAUUUUCACGUUUCCGUAAAGACUUUACCACAAAGACUCCAGAUGUUCGGUCCAAUUUUGUUGGAUUUAUUAUGAAGGAUUUGAAUCUACCUUUACCUGAACAUGGAUGUGUUGUUAUGGUGAAACCUUCGCCUGUACUCAUUUACCAGAUUGGUAAACGGGAUACCCGAGUGCUCAUUGAUGUUCCCGGCCAAUUGCCGUCUGUUGGUAAUGGAGACCUCAAGAAAUAUUUGCAAGAUGUGGUUGCACCACAGUUACCAAAGGUUAUUCAGAUCAAAUUCUUGGAAGGUUUGGAGACAGAGCGUUUGAGAUCCAUGCCCUGUGGAUUCCUUCCUCCAUCGGCAAACCAAAACGAUGGCACGGUGUUACUUGGAGAUGCGUUGAAUAUCAGACACCCUCUUACUGGUGGUGGAAUGACCGUGGCAUUAAACGAUGUUAUUCUGUUAUCCAGACUUCUCUCGAAAGAAAAUGUACCUUUGCUACAAGAUACCGAUCUUGUAAUCCAGGCCAUGGGUGCCUUCCAUUGGAAGCGCAAGAGAUAUUGUACACCCAUCAAUGUUCUGGCCAUGGCGCUCUAUCGUAUAUUCGCCGCAAAUGUUCCUGACCUUCAGGUGUUGCAAAGAGGAUGUUUUGGAUACUUUGAACUUGGUGGAGAGUGUAUCAAUGGUCCAGUAAGUCUUUUGGCUGGUCUGGCAGACAGACCUCUGUUAUUGGUGUAUCACUUUUUUGCGGUUGCUUUUUACUCCAUCUACCUUGAGUUCAAGAGCGGAACGAAUGCUGAAAUCCCUCUGAAUUUCAUCAAAAUAUUUACGGUGCUCUACACCGCAUGUGUUACUAUCCUUCCGUACCUUUGGAGUGAAAUCCAAGAUUAA